UUCACAUCUUGCUGGAAAUGAAGAUCUAUUUAUUAAUAUUUGUCUUGGGCUUUUUCUUUGGGAAGAAUCAGGUGGCCACUUUCAGUACACAUCACAGUGAUCACCCCUCUCUGCUUCCAGCUUGUGUGGUCUAAAGAAGGCUCUAAUACUACUGUGUGAGACCGCCGGGCGAAUAUUCGCAAAUAUUGAUCCCUUCCUUCUGCUGCUUCUUUCAAGUUACACUGAUUCCCAGAGAGUCAGACAACACCUUCACCUGUGGAACCCCAAGACCAGGUGCUAUAUGUUCUACCACGUAGUGACCGCCAAGCUGUGCUUCUUCGAAAUAUCACUUCCUCAUUUGAUGAGAUGAUUAUCCUUUGGAUGCCAGACUCUCCCGAGCAUAUAGAGAAGAACAAAGAAGUUCACUUCUAUGUAAAUGCUACUAUCGUAGAUGAGGUGAAGUCUAAAUUGAAGGAAUCUGCCAUCACCUAUACCAUUUUGGUUGAGAAUACCCAGAGUCUUAUUGAUCAGCAAACAUACAAUGACACUUCUGGUCAGCGAAGCACCACCUCUUACUAUGAACAGUAUCAUGCCUUGGAAGAUAUAUAUUACUGGAUGGAACAAAUGGUAGAGUCACAUACCAAUUUGCUGGAGAAAAUUUACAUAGGAAGUUCUUUUGAAAAGCGACCUCUCUAUGUUCUGAAGAUGACGGGGAAAGAAAAAACAGCAACACAUGCAAUAUGGAUUGACUGUGGUAUACACGCCAGGGAGUGGGUUUCUCCAGCCUUCUGCUUGUGGUUUGUUGGACAUGCUGUGGGAUUCUAUGGUACAGACGAGUACAUGACAAAUCUAUUGAAAUACAUUGACUUCUAUAUCUUACCAGUAAUGAAUGUAGACGGAUAUCAAUAUACAUGGACUACGAAUCGAAUGUGGAGGAAGAAUCGAUCUAAGCAUCCAAACAGUGAAUGCUAUGGGACUGACCUUAAUCGGAACUUUGAUGCUGGGUGGUGCGGACCGGGUGCCUCCAGGAAUCCUUGCCAUGACACAUACUGUGGACCUUACCCAGAAUCUGAACCUGAAGUGGCUGCAGUGGCCAACUUUAUCAGACAGCACAAAGAUACCAUAAAAGGCUACAUAACAAUGCAUUCUUACUCCCAGAUGGUGCUCUUCCCAUAUUCAUAUACAAAAGAGAAAUCUAAAGAUCACGACGAACUGUUGCGGCUCGCAAAUAAAGUUGCAGAUGGAAUAAGGGUUAAAAACAGAAGCAGAUAUGCAUCGGGUGCAGGAGCAGACACUAUUUAUCUGGCUCCAGGAGGAUCUGAUGACUGGGUGUAUGAUCUGGGUAUCAAGUAUUCUUUUACUAUUGAACUUCGUGAUAAAGGGACCUAUGGAUUUUUACUACCUCCAAAUUUAAUAAAACCAACAUGCAGUGAAGCUCUGACGGGAAUCAAAAUUAUAUCUGCACAUAUUGUGAAAAAUAUUUAGUGCAAUCAAAAAUAAAAUGAACAAAUUCUUGUUACUCUGAAUGUAGCAAUGAGGCAUAAACCAGUGCAUUUUUUUUAUAUCUAUAAAAAUUACCAUCUGCACAUUGUAUAAAAACAUCUUACAGUAAUAA